GGGGUAGCAAGUUGUUUCACCUUUCUUUCACCGUGGUUGUGUGGUGCAUCAUAUUCGCGCGCGUCAGUCUAUAUUUAAUUAAGUGUUGUACUUGGCGUCUAUAUGUAUUUUUCUGUAUAAAAAUUAUUUUCCAUUUCUCUCGUUUUGAAUGCAUUUUCAAUUUAUUUAUAACAAAUUAAUCAACAGUUUCUUUAUGUUAUAAUUGUUUUUCUUUAAUAAAAAAAGGAGAGCAUUAUUAGGAUACAUAAGACCAAGCCGCAAAAAUGAGUCAAACGGCGGAGGACCACGAGCAAGAAAAAAAUGUCGAUAAAAAGGAAACAGCUGAAGAAGAACGAGAAAAAAUGUUAAAUGCAGAAAAUACUAAACAUACAAGCAAAACGCCUGCAUCUGACAUGGAGAUUGAGGAGACUAACCAUAAGCGUAAGAUUCCUAUUGGUGGUAUCAAGAUGCCAGGAUUUUGUCGAAGCAAAAGCAAGGAAAACACUAAGGAUGACAAUGUAAAAUCUUCUGAUAAAGCUAAUGCCGAAAGUGGAUUAGCGAUUUCAAAAGAUAAGGAACAAAAUCAGGAGGUUUCGACAAAUGCUGAAAAAGAAACCAAAGAAAAGGAAUCAAGUAGAGGAAUAUUUCGUGCUAUGAAAUUACCAUUAGCUUCAGUAUUUCCUCGAAAGAAGAAGGAAACUGGAGAACAUGACAUUGUUGGCUUAGCCAGCGUAGAGACACUUGGCGAUGUUGAGGCGAAUGCGAAAGUUCCUGCCGGAGAUGAGUCUGGCAUGGAAACUGUUCGUCUUGAUGGAAACGCCUUUAAUCCUGACGAUCCACCUAAACCACAUCCAAUAGUUGUUUGUCUAUCAGCUGCCAGAAGGAACUUAUUUGUAACAGUGUCAACAUUGUUAAUUUUGGUAACUGUAAUUGUCAUAAUAAGCGUUGCCUGCAUGGGUCCGAGAUAUGUUUUACUUGAGCCCCCACUAAAAGACGAUAAAUACAUUUCUACGCAGACUGGAUGUGGUUUUGUUGAGGGUAUUUUAGAAGACGGUGGAUAUGCAUUCCGCGGCAUUCCAUACGCAGUGCCACCAAUUAGUAAUCGUCGUUGGCAACCGGCUGAACCCCUUCGAAGAAUAGAAAAUUGUUGGACUGGCACUUACAGUGCUCACAAUAAUUCAAUUCAUUGCUGGCAAUUUGAUUCCUCUGGUAGAAUUAGCGGCACUGAGGAUUGUCUUAAACUCGAUGUAUUUACACCAAAAGUUGACACCAGAAAUCCACUGCCUGUGGUUGUUAUGAUUGGCGCUGAAACAUUGAAUGGAGGUUCACCGGGAGUUAUGCAGCCAUCAUCGAAAUUAGCAAGAGUACGAGAAAUUGUCUUUGUCAGACCGAAUUUUAGAAUGGGUGUAUUUGGAUUCCUUGCCGCUGAACCAUUGUCGAGAACAACUCAUCCUCCAACUUCGGGAAAUUAUGGACUUUCUGAUAUUAUUGUCGCUUUAAAAUGGGUUCAAAAUAAUAUUCAUUAUUUCGGUGGUGAUAUUCAUAAUGUCACUAUUUGGGGACACAGAGCGGGCGGUACAUUGGUCACAACAUUAAUUGGAGCGCGAAAGGCAAACGGUCUGUUUGCUCGUGCAUGGAUAUCGAGUAGCAGUGCCAUUUUUCCCGGCAAGGAACUCACAAAAUCGGAGAAUUUGAAUGAGGUUUUUUUGAAUGCGACAAGAUGCAGCGAUGCAGCGUGCUUGAGGAGUAAGGAUCCCGAGGAGUUGAUGAACGCAAUUCCCUCGAGUUGGUUGGCGGGCAAUGGAGAACUUCCUGAGCCAAAAGAGGCUAUUAAUAGUAAUGCAAAACACGAGUGGCUCGUUAAGGAUGGAUCGAUUAUUCAAGAACACGUCGGUGAAAUUUGGACGAAACAGGAUCUCAAUGUUAAAAUUGUUAUCGGCACUACGGCACAAUCGGGAACUCCCGCUAAAUAUUUGGCACCAAAUGCAACAUUGGAAGCGGAACAAGUUAAUAAAAUUGUUCGAGAAUCUUUACUUGGCACCAUGGGAUUGGCUGAUGAAGCUCUAAGACGUUACAAUUCAACAUUAAAGGGCUUGGCAACAAUGAUAUCGGACAUUCGAGUCGUUUGUCCACUAUUGACGAUUGCAAAUAUGAAAACCGACAUUCCCUUCUACGUGCGUACAAGACCAAGAGGAACUCUCGCCGAUCCUGACAGCGAUGCUGCAGCAAUUUUAGGUUCCUAUACACCGCGAACAGUCGAAGAGAAAAGACACGUUGACGCUAUGCAAAAAUUAUUCAAUCGCUUCGUUUGGUUUGGCGAAGUUAUUCAAGCGGAUCCACAAGGCGGUAAACGAAUACUCAUUGUCGAUCAAGACAUUCACACUGAGAAAGAUUAUCCAAAUUGUGAUUUUUGGAUAAAUAAAAAUAUUGCACCUAAAUAUGGUCGAGUUGAGUAAAAAAAAAAAAAAGAAGUAUUAAAAAGAAAUACAUUUUUCACAAUAUUAUUUUAGAACUGAAUUUAUGAGCAGUAAGACUCUUUGAGGUUAAUAGCAAGCUAAAAUCCUCGCUUUCAAUUUUUGAAAUCAUUUUUUUUUUUUUUUAAUAUUAAUUGUAAAAUUAAGUGCGUAAUUUAUUUCUAUUUAUGUAUUGAAACAGACUCAUAGGAAUAUAUUUAUUGCAUGUUAUUUAUAACUUUUUAUAAAUAAUAUUAAUAGUAGGUAUACUCAGAAUUUUAAGUAAGUGCCAUUUUUUUAUUUAUUUUUUUUAUACAAGAAAUUUUUACUUUCUUUAUUCAAUAGUUUUUCUUUUUGUAUUUUUCUUGAAAUACAAAAAAACAGCUGCCACAUUUAUUUCUUUGAAUCAAAAAAGAACGUUUCAUUUUCCAUAAACUGCAAUACUAUAUAGUUGUAUUAUUUUUUUAUUUUUAAUUUCGAUGAAUGAAAAGAUAAAUUUUAAUAAUUGGCACUUGCAAUUAUUUACUGAUAUGUGUCCACGAUAGAUUAUAAAAAAGAACAAAUGUAUUGCAAUAAUUUUAACGGCACUGAUAUCACUGAUAUAAUAAUGAAGCUUAUUUGUAACUUCUUUUUGUUUAUUUUAUGUGACUAGCUAAAAAAAACUGACUGAUCAUUUUUUUUUUUUGCAUUUUUAUAAUUAAAUGCACUCAUUUUUUGUCAUAAAGUGUGAAUCUCAGUGAGGAUAUUUAAUUUUUAAUUUUUAUUCUUCAUUUUAAAUAAGAGGCAAAUGUUCCUAGAAUUUUUGGAAUGCAACACAAUGAGAAAAAAAAUAUAUCUGUCCUGUAAAACUUACAUUGUUUGAAAAAUUUUCAAAAAUUUAUUUACUCUUGUGGAAUAAGUACCGUCUUCUUGUAGAUCAAUUUUGUAUUAUUUACAAUUAAGCAACUCUGUCACAAAAGAAAAAUGUCGAAUAUGUAUUAGUUUUUCGUUCAGUAUUAAUUCAAAUUGUAACACGUAAAUUUUUAUCUUUCUCAAACUGAAUUUCUUUUUAAAUACAAUUUUGCUUCUGUUCGGAAGCAUUUUUUGUAUUUUUUUUUUAUUAUUUCCUUCUUGCAUUGGUUUCUAAAUAUUGAACUUCAAUUUUUUAUUUUUUUUUAUUUUGAAAAAAUCGUUAAAAUUGAAAAUUUAUUUUCACAUUUGUAACUAAAAGGUAAUUUAGAUUGAGAUAGACGGACAUUUUCGUUUCGACAAUAAAGUUUCUCAGAAAAAAAAAACAAAAUUAAAAAUAUUUAUUCGACAUUUUGAUAAUAUGAAACUUUGAAUAUUGUAAAAUUACGAAUCUACAAAUAUUGCCAAUAAGAGGUUAAGUAAUUUGUAGUUUUUAGAAAAUCUAUUAACAUUCCACGAAUUGGAAAAAUAUGGCAUAGACGCAGAUUUUUAUAUUGACUGCCCGUUUUUAAGUGAAUUUUUUAUAUGAAAAAAAACGAAAUAUAUUUAAGUAUGCGGUAUUUUUGUACUUUUGAUAGAAAGCCUGUAAUAAUCUUUAAUGACUAUAAAAAAACAUUUUUUAAAAGAAAAAAAUUUUUCCAUUUUUAUACAGUUAAGAUUUUAGAUUGUAAUUUUUUUUAUAUAUAUAUUAAUAUAUAAUAUAAUUUAUUUCCAUUUUACUUAACCUCUUAAACUUAUUUUAACAAAUAUGUGAUAAAUUAGUAUUUCUAGAAAGUGCGGCAUAUUUACUUUUAUAUAAACUAAAAAUUAGAAGCAAUAAUAGAAAUUGUUAUUUGAAGUGAAAAAUUGUAUUACAUAACAAAUGAAAUGGAUAAUAAUCUCUGAUUUAAAAAAUUUUUUUUUUGUCUUUUAAGUAGAAUUUUUGUUCUAUUAUAGAGUAUUCUCGUGUAUUCUCGAAAUGGUAUUUUGUAUUAUGCUCAUUUUUAAUAGCGUGUACUUAGUUAACAGUUUGCGGUCCAAUGUUACCGACAAAAAAUUAUGAAACAAAUAAAUCUUUAUGAUUGCAAAUA